AUGGCCGCACCAACCGCAGCCGCCUGCACCCAGGUUGGUUGCCCGCUGCCAACCGUGAAUUCCUCCACAGCUCAUGCCUACCCUCGCCAUUGCCUAGUGAUUUUUGGAUUGAAUUACUUUGCACAUAUAGAUUUCCUCAAGAUAAUGGUGGGUUUAGAGUUAUUUGGCAUUUCCCUUAAUAACUUGAUAUGGCCCUCUAUAUAAGAUUUCUAUCAUUGACAUUAAUAUCCUCCCAACAGCCUAUGGUAGCGUCUUAACGACCACACGGUCCCAGAAAUUCAUUAGUAUACUCCAGACUUAGUUGAUUUUCACAUGUUUCCUUGAUUUAAUUUCAUGAUUAAUUAUUUUAAUAUGAAUUAAUUUUUAGUGACUCGAUCUGAUAUCAUCACAUAGUGUUGUCCUAUAACAACUUUGAGCAACAUACAUAGAGCCCCUAAAUGAGACUUUCAAACAACUAUAGAUAGCCAAAUUCCAAUUGUCUCAAUUUCCAAAAAAUGAUAAUCAAGACUAUCAAUGUAGAAUAACUGGGGAUUCCUUUCUCAAGUCACUUGCAUGAUUUUUUUACAUUUUCUGAAAUAUUCAUUACAUAAAUAUAGUGCAUUGUGCACUAUAUUAGAAGUUGAUUUUUCAUUUACAUAGUAUAUUGAUUCUUGUACUAAAUUAUUGGGAUAUAGAUGAGGUUUUUUUUUAGAGACAUCAAACUAAAAAGGUUUUGUGCCAAGACUAUAUUAUGUUGACCUCCUAGAACAAUGAAAUGGGAGGAAAGUUUGCCAGCAGCACCUUGGUGUUCAACUGGUAUACCCACAAGAAGUAAGUGUUGCAUAAAGAAGAGACUCGUCAAGUAGUUUGAUAGCCAAGAGUGCCAAACCACAAUAAGAUUUUGGCUUUGAUGAUUUUGAAGAAUUUAGUGUCCCAUGUAGACUUCAAUUCAAAUCAAGUGAUUUAUAUCUCUACGUCCUCGUAUGCCUUACUUGGAACCUAGGUGCAACAAAAUAUUAAAUUUUGGAAUCAGGGCUAGGUAAGAUGACUAAAGAUGACUUUUUUUUCAAUAUGGUUAAUAAUUUUUCAUUUCAAAAAUAUUGAAUAGUAAACUUUAAAAUUUAAAUGUUAUAGUGAUUUGGCUUGAGCUUUUCUACUUUGACUAAACAAUUACAUAGAUAUUAUAACAAUGUAACAUAGGUAUGUCAACUUGUCCCAACUAAAGUCAUAACUUUAAGAUAAGUUUAGUAAUAUAAAGUUAUUAUUUUACCUUUUUGUAUAUUUUUCUGACAUCAGAACUAAGAUAGUAAAAGCUAACAUUCACUUCUUGAUACACUACAUUCAUGGAAGAUUAUUUCCUUUUUUCUCACACUUUAAUGGCUGAAAAUUAAUUAUUUUAGUCCUUUUUAUUGGCCACAUAGAGGUGCCUUGAAACUAGUCUAGAUUUUAUUGUUGAAUUUUAUAUGCCAACAUACCGUAUCAAGAGGGAGGGGUGAAUUAGUUUUGUACAAUUCUUUUUGCGAGAAAGGUUCUAAAAGGCUCAAAUGGUAUUUCACACAUAACUUAUAAUGGUUUUGACAUCUGAAAUACUCACUCAAUUCUCUAAACCAUCCUUUCAUUUCAUUAAAUCUUUUGGUCAAAUAUUAGACUAAAUUAAGACUUUAUCAUCUUUGAUAGAUUUAAUAGCUCCAUUAACUUAAGAUUCCACCUAAAAUUUUUCUUCAAGAGUCACAACACUAAGUAGACAAAUAACAGAUGACCUUUCCUCUUUUCUAGAUUCACAACUCUAAGAAAACAAACUAGAUAAACAGUUGUUAAUCUCUCAUAAAUUAAGGUUUUUAGAUGGCUAUUGAGUGAAAAUAAAAUCUAAAAAAAAUAUCAAAUGAGUUAAUGUUCUUGAAAUUUCAUACUAAAACUUUGUGAUGUUUGAUUUCUUCUAAUUUCUUCUUUGUAAGUUUCACGGAGAGGAUCUGCCUUUAUACCAUUGAUUACUUCAUGUUAUUCUUCUCUUAAUCUUGAUUGUUGACCUCCAUAAUUCUGAUUGAGGAGAACAUUCCUAUUUAUAUUACUGGUUUUAUCCUUAAUUUUUUUAGUUUUCUGACAACUCUUUAAUAGUCUGAAAACAUCUAUAACCAAUCAUUUGUAGAGAUGAUGCACAACAAAAAAAUUCACUUUUUUUGGCAUGCCUACCACCCAUGUUCUCUCUCCUCAUGUGUUAACACCCAAUAGAAAAAAUUAAAUAUAUUAUUUUAUUAAAAUAGUGAAUAUAUUGUAUAAAUCAUUUUUGAGUAUGUGCAAUCAUCUCAAGCAUUUUGAAGGGUCAUGAGAAUAUUCAAUUUAGAUUGUAAUAUCAAAUUUUACCCCUAUUCUUGACUUUUCUAAAUUCAAUAUUUUUAUGAAUAUCAAUCAUUAAUAUAAUUUAAAUACUUAAUUCUUAAUCAUAAAAUUUAUUAAUUUUUCUUUCAUUUUUUAUGAUCAUUAUCAAAACAAGUAGGGCUUCUAAAGACAUCCAUAACUCCAAUGGGGCAACAAGUAGCUUUUGGGGGUUGCACUCAAGUGUACAUUACUAAAUCAUUUGUUUAGUGCUAUUUCAAUCAAAUUCAAUGUAGAUCCAAUGUAGUACAGAUAUAGUCCAAGUGUUUUAGCAUGGUUCCAAGUCAUUGUAGUGUUGGUCUGAUAAACAUUGAAAACCAUUGUUCUUCAUUUUUCUUUUCUCAUCUUCUUCUCAUUCCAAGGAGAGUUGAGGAGAUAUAGUUCCUUUUUCCAUCACAUCUGAUAAAAUGCUAUUAAAAUGUUGCCUGAACAUUGCUGCGUUUUUUCUUAAUCUUUAGUCUUCUUCUGUUCACUCACAAGUGGGAUGCGGUGACUCAGCUACUUGCUUGAUCACUAAAGUGUACAUCUAAUAAAACACUGCAUGAGUACUUUUAUUUUCCUUUUUUUCUUUCCAUGUAUGAGUUUAGGUGAAUCAACAUGUUUAGUGAAAAAUGAAAAGCAACUAAAAAUUCUUCCACUAGAAUUUUAAUGUAAUGAUAUUAACAAAAAACUAAGUAGCUUCACUAAAACUUAAUCUCCACACAAUAUUACAUGAACUUGUGAACUAUUUCACUGUACAAUCAUUGUUACCUAGUUCUGUACUCACAAAAUAAAAUCAUCAAUAACUUGUUAAUACCUUGCUGUUUGGUCCCCAUAUUUUUGCUAUCUCUAGUAUCAUCAUCAUAAGAAAAUUCAAAGAUAAAUCUAAAAGAAUAUGAUGGAUGAACCAUGAGUAAAUUGUCUCAUCUAACGAAUUAAGUGUUAAUCUUCUAAAUCACCUUCAUGUUUACCACAUUAUUCUCACAACUUUCUCAUGUUGACAUGGUUACUUGUUAAGGACGUCAUUCCUAAAAUUUAAGAAUGUAAUUAUAUCAACUGACCUAUACCAGCCUAUGGGAUGCUGGAUCAAUUUUUCAUAAACCGAAGCUAGAUUUGUUAAACAUAAAAGAACAAAACAUUUAUGAAGUAUGGAAGUACGCUUUUUCACUAUCGUCGAUCAUUCCAUGCGUACAUUGAGGCUUGUGUACACAUACUUAAAUGCUAAUUUGGUAUCUUCCCACUUAAUAUUAUUUUUACAAAACACCAUUGAUUCCUUCAUAUACACUUUAGAACUUUGUAUAUUCUGAAAGUCCACAUCAAAAUAUUAGCAUCAAACUUUUGUUCCAUGUUUAUGAUAGGCAUGAAAUGACUUGAUCAAGGUACUCUACUCAGAAAAUGCAUUAUGUACAUCAAGAAAACAUUAUGUUAAGAUAAUAUUCAGUGAGUUGAGAGAUUGACUUGGGACCAACAUGCCAUGAAAACCAGGGACUGUAGUUCAUUGAUAUCUUCUGUCCACUCCUCUCUCCCUCUACUUGAUUCUCUUCCUACCUUAAUUUUUUUUCCACCAUAAAAACUUGGAGUAAUAUAACUAUAUAUAGAUGUGCUCCAUCUCAGCAGCAAGAGAUCCAGGUCAUUUGAAACAAUAGGCCUUUAAAUGAAAAAAAUGAUUGAUUUUUAACUGUUUGUUGUUUGCUGAACCGAAACUUCUUGACUGAUUGUGUUUUGGUUGUCAUUUAAUGUCUCAAAUCCUUGUAAUUUACCCUUUUUAAUAAUAAAAUGACCAUGUGCAUGACUAUAAUAAAUAAAUAACCACUUGGGCUAUAUGCCCAAUUAUUAUUCUAAUGACCAAAAGAAUUCAAAUUAAAAUAUCAUGCAUAUGGCACAAAAUUUAGUGUGAAGUUGAAAAAUCAGAGAUUGUUCUUAAAUCCACAAAGAACAAGAUCUAUGCUUCUUGAAUCUCCUAGGAAUUUGGUAAAUCACCCUGAAUUCUCAAGGGAGAAGAAAAAAUGAAAUUUCUACCAUUCAAAAACAUGUGGUCAUUCUUUGGUACAUGACCUCUUAAAUAGGCAAAAAAUUAGUUUUUAGUUGCUUAAAAGUAAAAUAUAGUCAGAGAAAAAACUAAUAAAAAGGAGGUGCUGGAUUGAAACAAAGAUUAUUUUGCCUACUCAAAGAAAAAGUGUCCUAAUAGCUAACCAACUACCCACAAAAAUCAUACUGGGGCAUUCAAUAUUUUUUUUCCUUUUUUAAAGCCCCUCUAAGCUACAUCUUCUAAGCUAGUUAACUGUUUGGGAUGUUGGACUGCUCUUUUCUACCUUUUGUAUUUCUUGACAAUCUGUUCUAAAUCAUAAUUUCACAUAAAACAAUUGUCCCAACAAGUGUCAUGCGAGCUCGAAAAAAUCUCACAAUAUAUAACCCUGCCCAAAAAAUGCUUGUUGUCACACAAUAAAUAUCACAUUCCUACGACUGUUGGGAGAAAAAAGGCAAUUACAUGAGACCCAAAUCCUUAAUGGACAUGCUCUAGUUGAAGGCCAAAAGUGACAUGUCUGCGAGAAAAACGUGCAUCCCAAGGACAUGGAUGGAAUUAGCCGGCCCACUAAUCUAUCACCCAAUCCAACUUAGGAUGGUUAUUGUUUCAAUUAUAUCUUGUAUAGAAUAGCAGCAAAAAGAGUAGACGAGAUUAAUGGCUAUAUUGGAGAUUAAUGCACGAUCAGCAAGCUUUUCUCUCAAUGGCCAUGACCAUUCUCUAUGCCAUCUUAUAACUAUAGUGAUUGAUCAAGUCCUUCACAUUUUCCUCACAUGAUGUCCCAGCUCCUAGGAACGAAUGGACUAAUGGUAACCACAUUUUCAAUUUUGUUUACCUCUAUUAUUUCUGAUCUCCUUAGAGAAAAAUCCAAGGAGAAUAGUGAUUUGGGCAAAAAUAUGUGUAGGGGCCCCAAUAGGCAUUACAUACUCAAGGCACAAGAAAUGAGCCCGUAGAGACCAGCAGCCCACCAUUGAAGGACCAUUCUACCUUUGUGAGGGAAGGUUAUACCGGUCCCAAAAGAGAAAAAGGAAAAGUGUCAUUUUCAUUGUAAGGAGGAAAAGUCAUUCUUAGAUCUUCUUAUCACUAUUUAACCAUGGAGUUUAUCAUCAGAAUGAAGGGGGUUCAUUAAUCUUGUAUUAGAGCGUCAAGAAAUGGUGUCAAAGCUACAAGAAAUUCGUACAGAAGUAUGGGAGAGGGAAAUUUCAAAGGUGAAGAACAGACUAGUAGAGAUAAAGGUCGAAAUGAACGCAUAGAUGGAUGGAAUACACCAAGGAAUGUUGCAGCUCAUGCGAGUGAAAACAGAUCUAUAGAAUAUUGUAUGGAAUCAACUAGUGGAAGAGAAAUCCAGAUAGAAGGAAGCAACAACAAGUCAAGGGAGAGAUGCACCAUGGGGAUUAUGCUAAUCAGAACAUCCUAGGUAUGAAGCGCCAAUGGGUUAUGUAGAUGUUUGGAAAGGGGGUAGAUGGUUGGAGCUCCUUGUACUCGAUGGAAACAACCCUAGAGGGUGGAUAUACAAGACCUAGUUGUGCUUUGCAGUACAACCCAUGACUAAGGAAGAUAAAUUAUGGGUUGUAGGAGUGAGCUUCAAGGAUGAUGUCUUGGUAGAUACCACUAGACUAACAUUAGAAGUCCUUUUGUCAACUCAUGAGGCCUCAAAUAUUAACUGAUGGAGUGAUUUGAGUCCACACAAGUAAGUAGUCUAUGUGAAAGAUUUUUAUGUUAAAUUUGAAGGAUCUUGUGUUGAUGUAGAUAGAGAUGAUAAAAUAUAAUGAGAAUGGAUUGAAACCAUACAUGAAUCUAUGAAGGUGCAAGUAUGAAGAUGUCCUUUUAGAUCAGCACAGGGGAGUUGACGUGACUCAGUCGUUGUAUAUUAAAUCACGCAAAUCUAAAAUUUAUAAAACUAGAAAAUAUGAUUUUUUAAAUAUUUAGAAGUAUUUCUGAACAAAUAUAUUAAUUAUAAUUUAAUAAAACUUCCAAAAAGAGCAGUAAUUUUCCAAGUCGAUCACAGGGAUGUAAUAUAAUAUUUGGUAAUUAUUCAGAUUUUUUAUCAAUGAAUACGAUUUUCUAUGAAUUUUAUACUAGGAAAGAAAAAGGAAAUAUAUUUAAAAUUCACGAAAAAAGAAAUAAGGGUGAGGACGUCAGGAUGACGUCAGCACCCAGCGAACGCGAAUCGGGCAGAAACAGAGUUCCGCCCGACGAUUCUUACGUAAGCGAUUACAAACUAUUUAAUUGAUCAAAUUAAGAUCUGUAAAAGCCGGAAGAAUCGUAAUGAAAUGAAGUAUAUCUGGGUAAAUUUAAAAUCAACAAAUUAUCACUAAAUGAAACGGAAAUUAAGUUGAAAGCAGGAAAAUAGAGUUCCGGCGUCGCGACGGCGAUGUGUUGGCGAUGCACCGGAAUCCUGAGCGUUCGGGAGGAUCGUCGUGCAGUGUCCAUGGCCUCAAAGGCUCUCCUUGGACAAAGAUGAUGUGGGCAAUCUCUAGAUCUCCUUGUGAAGUCUAGAGAUUAAUGAAAAUAGGUCGUCGACUCGUCUCCAGUGGCUGUCACCCGACGGAGCGGAAAAACAGCGACUUUGCGGCUCUCCUGCGGCUGUCACCCGACGGAGAGGAGUUGGAUGGAGGUGGGGCACGUGUCAGGGAGCUUCAUCCUUAGGUCCCCAUAGCAAGAGGAGGCUCUUCAUCGCAUUUGGUACACUCUCAGGAGGUGGCGACUCGUCUCCCAGUGGAUCAUCCUCUUCCCGACGAUGGCUUGUUCGUCGAUCAAUCGGAGAUGA